CUAACCCCUGUGACCUGUGUCACCUCUGCUUCUCCGGGAGGGAAAGAGGAGGAGGGCGGAAGUCUGACGUCAGAUGGGAUGGCACCAGAGCAGGGGGUCACGAGCGGGAACUGAAAGCGCGCCCCUCCCCGCCUUCCGGGAACAUAAACAAUUUGUGUUUUCCGAUCAGGUGGUGGGACGGGCUUCAUUGGGACAGCCCUAACCCAGCUGCUGAAAGCCAAGGGCCACGAAGUGACACUGGUCUCCCGACAGCCUGGGCCAGGCCGGAUCACGAUGAGCUCGCUCUGUCGGGGCUGCCUCGCUGUGAUGCCGCAGUCAACCUGGCUGGAGAAAACAUCCUCAACCCUCUCCGAAGGUGGAAUGAAGACUUCCAAAAAGAGGUUCUCAGCAGCCGCCUGGAGACUACCCAAAUGCUAGCUAAAGCCAUCGCCAAGGCCCCACAACCCCCCCAGGCCUGGAUCUUAGUCACAGGUGUAGCAGCUUACUACCAGCCCAGCCUGACAGCAGAGUAUGAUGAAGACAGCUCAGGAGGGGAUUUUGACUUUUUCUCCAACCUCGUAACCAAAUGGGAAGCUGCAGCCAGGCUUCCUGGAGAUUCUACACGACAGGUGGUGGUGCGCUCCGGGGUUGUGCUGGGCCGUGGGGGUGGUGCCAUUGGCCACAUGCUGCUCCCCUUCCGCCUGGGCCUGGGGGGCCCCAUCGGCACAGGCCGCCAAUUCUUCCCCUGGAUUCACAUCAGAGACCUGGCAGGAAUCCUGACCUAUGCCCUUGAAGCAAACCACGUGCAGGGGGUCCUGAAUGGAGUGGCUCCAGCCUCCACCACUACAAAUGCUGCAUUUGCCCAUGCCUUGGGUGCUGCCCUGGGCCGCCCAGCAUUCCUCCCUCUUCCUACUACUGUGGUACAAGCUGUCUUUGGGCGAGAGCGUGCCAUCAUGCUGCUGGAAGGCCAGAAGGUGAUCCCACGGCGGACACUGGCCACAGGCUACCAGUAUUCCUUCCCAGAGUUAGGGGCUGCCUUGAAGGAAGUCGUAGCCUAGGUAAAGAAGCACAUGGCAAGGGCCUGAGUCCUGUCCCUUAACAGAAGCUUCGUGGUUAGACACUGUAGAUAGGCUCAGUUACUCCUGUGUGUGAGAUCUGAAGCCAUCGGAUUCUUAGGGAUUCCUCCUUCUUAUUUGUUGUUCCAUCUUAUUUAGCUGAGAGACUGUCCAGUCUCAAGGCCAUAAUCUCUUCAGGUUGGGGCCUUAACCUCUUUGACUUCUUGUAGAAGGAUUUCCAACCUUGCUGUCCAUUGCUUCCCUGCUUCUCCUUUAAGCUGUGUAGAGAAUGCUUUGCAGUUUAAGCAAUAAAGAUGAAUGAUCUCACUA